AUGUCAAGCAGUACAUACAAUCUCAGACCCAUUCUCCUACCCUCUCCUCCACACAAAAAGAUGGCCAUGGAAUCACCACCGGGUGAACUUUAUAAUCGAUCACCUCUGCCAUCAAUCGAAACUCUACUUCCUCAAUCACCCCAUUCGCCUUCAAACUUUUUUCAACCAAAUGGAUUUUGCUCUUUCAAUCCCGGAAAUGGCACAAUCACUCCCAUUCAUCAGCCAUUAACGAUUAUAACUGAUGAACGAUUUUUGAACGGAUCCAUGUAUUAUCCGACCCAGUACCCUGUUAAUUACAGUCACCAGUUCCAACCGUUGUUUUGA